GAUAGGAAUAAAACUAAGACUCUACGGGGCCGGGCAGAAAGAGAUAGUAGACGUGCACCAACAGCAACUAGACCUUGGAUUUUGCACCUCUAUUUCUCAUCAAUCUCUUUCACGUUCUAACGUGCAUUAUUUAUUUAUUUAUACCUCCCUUUUGAUUGAGCAAUAGCAUUAAGUAUCGUGUAACAUAACAAAAAAGUAGUGGCUUGUGUUGUGUGACUGAGGGCCAAAGGCAAAACAUGGAGGUGGAUCAGAUGCAGAGAGAGUGCUUGGACUACACCAAAUCCUUAUUCUUGGAGGGCUUCUUGGAUGGUCAAUUUCUUCAACUUCAGCAGCUACAGGAUGAGAACAACCCGGACUUUGUAGUUGAAGUGGUCUCUCUCUUCUUUGAAGAUUCUGAGAGACUUCUCAAUGACCUUACCUUUGCUCUAAAUCAGAAAAGUAUUGACUUCAAAAAAGUUGAUGCUCAUGUUCACCAGCUAAAGGGUAGCAGCUCAAGCAUAGGUGCUCAGAGGGUAAAGAAUUGUUGCAUUUCUUUCCGCAACUUUUGUGAGGAACAGAACAUAGACGCGUGCCUCAGUUGUCUGCAACAAGUAAGGCAAGAGUACUGCCAUGUUAAGAAUAAGUUUGAGACACUGAUCAGGCUUGAGCAACAGAUCGUGGCAGCUGGUGGGUCAAUCCCAAUGAUGGAAUUUAGUUUCUAAGGAUGUGAAUUUGUAGAGAAGGAAACAAGAGUAUUUUGUGAUCCACUUCAUCUUUGGUGAAAAUUCUCUUUUAUGUUUAUGUCUCUGAUGAAUGUAUGGAUUUUCAUGAAGAGAUAACUCAGAUAAGUUUCCAUCUAGUGUAACCCUUUUCACAAAAACAAAAAGCCUAAUUUGUAAUCUUUUGCAUGCUUUAAUGAACACCAGAUACCCUAGUUAAAUUAAAA